CUUCCCUGGCUGCACAGAGCACCAAUACGCCCCCCCAUUACCGUAUGCAAACCGGCUGCUCCGUCAACCUCAAUUAGCCUAAUCUGCCCUGGACCCCCCUUAAGCUUUGGAGAGUGGCGAGUGGGGACCACCGGUUACCCAUGAACAGGUGGUCAGGAGUUUUUUUUCUUUCUUUGAUGUUAUUCUUCUUAAUUAUCUAAUCUCUACCUCCAUUUGUUUCGGUUUCUCUCUCUAUCUCUUUCUCACAAACCCCGACGCUGACUCUUCUCUCGCUCUCCUCAGUUAUCUCCUUUCCUUGCAAUCUCUUACCCUCUCAACCAAAAUAUCAACUGCUCCCUUCUCUUUCCUUCUCAAGCAUCUCCCCACCUACCCCCCUUUCUCACCCCUCUCUCUUUCUCUAGGCUCUCUUCCUCCCCCAAAUCCUAAAGAGGCAGACCUCUAUGUUUCUCUCAUUUGUUGACGGGCUUGGUGUGAUGAACGGCUGGUGAAUUCCCUAGAUUUAAUGCGCCCUCUCUGAGACUGGUGUCACGCAUUAGACGACGGUAGGGUUGUCAACUUGUCCUUGGUCCUGGGGGAGUCCAUUCCUCCCCGCUCUCCUCUCCUUCACUAGAGACCAGCUCGAGUGAAACUUCAGAACAAGUGAAACUUCAGGAGCUGUACAGACUCGCCUACUCUUGCCGAGGAUCUCAGCUCAUCCUGAGGCCAUGGGAGUCACCCACGGAAAGAAAAGUGAACACCACCUCCAAAUCUCUCCCACAAGAAGUAGAACACCUCUGAAGGGAACAGCCUCAGCCCACACUGGCCUGCUGUCGGACCAGGAUGGAGAGCAGGGUCAACGUGCAGAGGACCAAGAGCAGGGGAAGUCGGGUGGAUCACCACCUCAGCCAGAGAGUCAGGAGGAGGAGGGCAGAGACCUUAUCAUCCAGCCCAAGAAGCGUCUCAACCUGGUCAGAGUCUCCAAGAGCCACCAGGAGCUCCACAGGGAGUUAAGGAUGACACACAAGAGAGGUCCCUGUCUGAAUGUGAAGCCGGAGCUCCAGCGUGUUCUGGAACAGAGGAACUGGGAACAGGGGAUGAAACAGAGGAAAGAGGCAGAGGAGGAGAAGAAGAACAGGUCUCCUCUCCAACAGGAACUGCUCAAGAGGCACCAGAGGCUGGAGGAGCUGGAGAGGGAGCUAAAGGCACAGCAGGAGGGCCUGCAGAGUUCCCCAGAGUUCAUCAGAGUUAAAGAGAGCCUGAGACGCACCACCAUACUGGAUCUGGGAGAGAAGGUAGUUUAAAAGGACCGACGGGAAGAUGCGUAACGUAUGGCUAGAGUGGCGUUGGGGUUGUUUUAGCAUCUACAUGAGGUAAGGAUAGGAUGGUGUGGAUAAAUGAUUACAUGGAGGUGAAGGAAGACUGACAUUGAGCUAUUCGAUUGGGUUGACAGUUGGUGGGAUAGUGUGCUUGGCAUAGUUCAGCUAGAUAGUUCAGGACAACAGUGAUCCAUUAGUAGCUUAGACCCAGAUCUGUUUGUGCUGUCUUGCCAACUCCUACGGUUAUUGAAAUGGAAAAACAUCAUAGGAGUUGGCUGUACAGUACAAGCAGAUCUAGGACCAAGUUAGGGCAUUAGUUAUUAGCUAGCUGCAUGGGAGUACAGAUGGAUGCACGCAUGGUGCAGAUUGGUACCUGAACAUGUCAUCGGCCACACGUCUUCUACGGAAGAGCCUACUGCAUGAAGGUAACCACCCCUUGUCCAAUUGGCCUUUUGAAGAACAUCUUUAUUUGUUCCAAUUAGGGAUCGACUCCCUGCUAGCCUGGUCCCAGGUCUGUUUGUUGUCUUGCCAACUCCAAUAUUAUCUUCCAUGACAACGACCAUAGGAUCUGGCUAUACAGCACAAACAGAUCUGGGACAUGGCUGGCCCCUCCCAUCCUCUGAGAGACUUGACGUUAGGUUAGUCAUUUGUCUCUCAUGCCAACCACCUCUGACACUGAGAGCGGGAGAGCACCCCUUUAACCAGGGAUCUUGCGGAGUUACGUACAAUGAGUGAACGUAACGUUUUUAAUUUCAUGCCUAUAAAGUGUUCACAUUGUGAUUGUAUUCGUGGAAUAUGUUGAUAUACUGUAUCAGUAGAUGUAUUGCUAAAAUAAUAUUACAUUUCCUAUUUGUUUGUUAAUAAGUUUACAGUAUUUUUUUACCUGUCGUAAAUGUUCAGAGUCAUUUUAUAUUAUUAGCAGUUUUGCAACUGGUCUAAGACCAGUUGUUAUUUCUUAAAUAAUGGUUCCGUCCUGUCCUUCCCUGAUCCUCUCACGUACACAUUCUCUAUGCAAAUCAACAGAACAUACAUCAUUCACCUAGUGACAACAGUGAAUAAUAAUGUUUAACACUUCGGAUGACGGUGUCCUUGGAAAUGUGUACUUUGUCAUAAAUAAAAGGGCAUUAAACAUGAA